GUCAAAGCCAACAAGUCUGCGGCUGAAGCUGAUGCACGCGCCGCCUAUUCCAAUUCCCAUUCUUCCCUCUCAAACCCUAAUUUUUCUCCAAUUCCACAUUUCACAAUUGCAUUUUUUGAUUACAAUAGACCCAAGAAAGCAAAAAAAAUUCAUGUGCAUACUUUUUUUCUCUUUUGUUGUUGUUCCCCUUCAUAAGAUGCAUAACAUAACCAAUUUUUUUACGACUCUCUGAUACCCGUUACUAAACAAAAUAGAACAGCUUUCGUUGAUUACUUGGGCCUUCUAAGGUUUUUUUUUUUUUUUGCGUCGAAAUUUGAUUUUGAUUUUGUGGGUGUUUUUGUUUUGUUAUGAUUUUCUUUUUGUGGUGAUGGCACUCGAAUCUUGGGUUCUAGGUCACCAUGUAUUCAUCUCCAGUUCCAAAUUUCUUUACCCUGCGCAUGAGAAUCGGCUAAAGAGAAUGUCCAUCAAAGUUUCGGGUAGAAACACUGUAUACCCAUUUCCCUUGGUGUCCAAUUGUGUUGGCCCAUCCACUUUUACAAGCUUUAAGGUUUCAAGUUAUGGACCAGAUACCAAGUUACUAGGUAGAGCUCGCUUGAGGUGUUUAGGUAGUCGCAGUGAUUGUUUUCACGAAAGAAAUGCUGUUUCCAGUACCAACUGGAACUUUAUACAGGAAUUGCUGAAGAGGGGAAUCAUUCUGGUUGCAACUGUUUGUGGGAUAUUGGUCUUUGGAUGUCCACGAGUUUUCGCUGUUGAGGGUGUAGUGAAUGCUGGAUAUGGUGUUAUUGGACAGAGCAUACUUUUGCUUAGGAAUGCAUGGCCUAAAGUUUUGCAAGUUCUUCAAAUAUUUAAGGAGCAAGGUUUGAUACUGGCAUUGCUUUUGGGUCUUUCAGCUUUUUUCUCUAUGGCAGAGACUUCAAUUACCACACUUUGGCCUUGGAAGAUUCGUGAGUUGGCUGAAAAGGAGUCUGAAAAUGGCGUCUUCAGACUACUCCGAAGCGAUGUUACUCGGUUCCUUACAACUAUACUUAUUGGCACAACUGUGGUCAAUAUUGGGGCAACUGCUCUGGUCACAGAAGCUGCAACUGCAAUAUUUGGCGAAGCUGGUGUUAGCGCAGCAACAGGAGUCAUGACUGUUGCCAUUUUGCUUCUCACUGAAAUCACUCCAAAAAGUAUAGCGGUUCAUAAUGCCACAGAGGUGGCUCGGUUUGUGGUCAGGCCAGUGGCAUGGCUUUCGCUGGUAUUGUAUCCUGCAGGAAGAAUUGUUACUUAUCUUUCAAUGGGGAUGCUCAAAUUGCUUGGCUUAAAAGGAAGAAGUGAGCCAUAUGUAACUGAAGAGGAGCUAAAAUUGAUGCUAAGGGGUGCCGAAUUAAGUGGGGCAAUAGAGGAGGAAGAACAGGAUAUGAUUGAAAAUGUGUUGGAGAUAAAAGACACACAUGUUAGAGAGGUUAUGACACCUCUUGUUGAUGUUGUUGCAAUUGAUGCAAGUUCAAGUCUUGUAGAUUUUCACCACUUGUGGGUUACACAUCAGUACUCAAGGGUGCCUGUUUUUGAGCAACGUGUUGAUAAUAUAAUGGGUAUAGCAUAUGCAAUGGAUCUACUGGAUUAUGUUCAGAAGGGCGAGUUGCUAGAAAGUACUACAGUUGGUGAUAUGGCUCAAAAGCCUGCAUAUUUCGUACCUGAUUCAAUGUCUGUUUGGAAUCUUCUUAGAGAGUUUCGAAUCAGGAAGGUUCACAUGGCUGUCGUUCUUAAUGAGUAUGGUGGAACUGUCGGACUUGUAACUCUUGAAGAUGUUGUUGAGGAAAUUGUUGGUGAAAUUUUUGAUGAAAAUGACUCAAAGGAGGAGAUACAGAAAAAAACUGGCUACGUAGUAAUGCGAGCUGAGGGUGUAUUUGACGUAGAUGCAAACACAUCUAUUGAUCAGCUCUCUGAAGAUUUGAACAUCAAGAUGCCAGAGGGUCACCAAUAUGAGACAGUGUCAGGCUUUGUAUGUGAAGCGUUUGGAUACAUCCCAAGGACAGGUGAGUGCAUCAAAGUAGUUCUUGAAAGGGAAGAUGAAGAUGAUGAUGAUAAUAAUGAGUCCGAUGCUGACCACCAGGAUCAGAAGCAGAAGAACCAGAUUUUCAAACUUGAGAUACUAGCAGGAAAUGCCAGAAAGGUGAGCGCUGUUCGGUUUGAAAGGAUAAAUAAUGAAAAUGAAAUGUUGGAGACUAAAGAAGUAACUCGGUUGGUCCCUAAGAUCAUAAAAAGAAAAUGGAGCAGUGGGGAGGAUUCGGAGGAUGAUGCAGGAUAUGACGGAGAAGCAUUUGCAAAGAAACCACAAGAUGACAUGUCUAGUGAAUAUCUAGUUGAUCAGGAAAUUUCUAACAAAGAUUAAGUUGUUUUUUUCUUCAUCUUUUUCUGCUUUCUUUAUUUGGCAUGUUUUUGUGCCAUUUUUUGCUACACCAUAUAAGAUGGCAAGUUUGAGAUACAUGUAGAAAAUGAGAAUCAAUGAUGAAAAAGCGCACACAACCUUUCAAAGACAAAUAGAGGCGUCUAUGCUAACGGGAAGUCUUUCAGGCUUGCGUGUAAUAAAG